AUGAUUGUACAAAGAGUAGUAUUGAAUUCCAGACCUGGAAAAAAUGGUCAUUCAGUGGCAGAAAAUUUCCGAGUAGAAGAAGUAAACUUACCAGAUUGUGUCAAUGAAGGACAAGUACAAGUCAGAACUCUUUAUCUUUGCGUGGAUCCUUACAUGCGUUACCCACAGCUUGUGAAUGGACACCUUUCAUACUUUCUUGGAGCUACAGGGAUGCCUGGUUUGACUUCCUUGAUUGGGGUACAGGAAAAAGGUCAUAUAACUGCUGGAUCUAAUCAGACAACGGCUGUUAGUGGGGCUGCUGGUGCUUGUGGAUGCUUGGCUGGGCAGACUGGCCAUUUGCUGGGCUGUUCCAGAGUCGUGGGAAUUUGUGGAACACCUGAGAAGUGCCUCUUUUUGACCUCAGAAUUGGGCUUCGAUGCUGCAAUUAAUUAUAAAGAGGGGAAUGUUGCAGAACAACUCCAUAAAUUAUGCCCAGCUGGAGUGGAUGUUUACUUCGACAAUGUUGGCGGUGACAUCAGUGAUACAGUGAUAAGUCAGAUGAAUCAGAACAGCCACAUCAUCCUAUGUGGUCAAAUUUCUCAGUACAACAAAGAUGUGCCUUAUGCUCCACCACUACCCCCUGCUAUAGAAGCAAUCCAGAAAGAAAGAAACAUCACAAGAGAAAGAUUUCUGGUGUUAAAUUAUAAGGAUAAAUUUGAGUCUGGUAUUCUCCAGCUGAGUCAAUGGUUUAAAGAAGGGAAGCUAAAGAUCAAAGAGACUAUGAUAAAUGGAUUGGAAAACAUGGGAGCUGCAUUCCAGUCCAUGAUGACAGGAGGUAACAUUGGAAAGCAGAUAGUCUGCAUUUUAGGAGAUACCUCUUUGUAA